AUGGGCCAGGAUAAGCUUCGCAAGAUGCUUGUUGUCGGUUUUGUAAAAGGGGGUCUGUUCUUCACCAUCUGCAGUGCCCCCAUCUCCAAAGCCCAACAGAAGCUUGGCCGAUUUGUGAAUGAAAGAAACACAGGUUUCGUGGAGUCCAUUGAACUCAUCUUCAUCCGAGUCGCAUUCCCUCGUUGGGCCAAAGGGGAUUCGGUAUUUUGUAGCCGCAUCAAGAUCCAACAGCUGCUCCACAAUAUCUGGGACACUACCUAA